GCUGGCGGAGCGGCGGCCCCGGGCGGAGUGCGGCGCGCGGAGGCGCGGACAGGGGCGCGCGGGACCCACAGGACGGGCCGCGGACGUGGCAGCCGCCUCGCCCGCCAAGAAGUUUCCCAGGAGUUGGCUGCGCGCGGGUGCCGGGCCGGCUGGACCAUGAACGUGUUCCGUAUCCUCGGCGACCUGAGCCACCUCCUGGCCAUGAUCUUGCUGCUGGGGAAGAUCUGGAGGUCCAAGUGCUGCACAGGCAUCUCUGGGAAGAGCCAGAUCCUUUUCGCUCUCGUCUUCACCACCAGGUACCUGGACCUGUUCACCAACUUCAUCUCCAUCUACAACACAGUGAUGAAGGUGGUUUUCCUCCUCUGCGCCUAUGUCACAGUGUACAUGAUCUAUGGGAAAUUUCGGAAAACGUUUGACAGUGAGAAUGACACCUUCCGCCUGGAGUUUCUUCUGGUCCCGGUCAUUGGCCUCUCCUUCCUUGAGAACUAUAGUUUCACUCCCCUGGAGAUCCUCUGGACUUUCUCUAUCUACCUGGAAUCGGUGGCCAUCCUGCCCCAGCUUUUCAUGAUCAGCAAGACUGGCGAGGCUGAGACCAUUACCACUCACUACCUGUUCUUUCUUGGGCUGUACCGGGCACUCUACCUAGCUAACUGGAUCAGGCGGUACCAGACUGAGAAUUUCUACGACCAAAUUGCAGUGGUGUCCGGAGUGGUACAAACCAUCUUCUACUGUGACUUCUUUUACUUAUAUGUGACCAAAGUCCUUAAAGGAAAGAAGUUAAGUCUUCCAAUGCCAAUUUGAGUGCCCUCAGAGAACACGGACAUGAAGCCAACUAUUUGAGAUGUUCUACUGAGUGACGACUUACACACAACUCAGACCAAAUGUUAAAAUUAAAGUCAGAAAAAUGAUCAGUAUGGAUGGAUUUCAGUAAAGCACUGAUCAUUCUAUCUGGGAGACAUCAUCGAUACCUCCUUUAGAGGCAACGAAAAAACCUGGGGCAAUUACACAAAAAUGGUGCCAUACAAUGUCAACAGGAAUGUCAAGAUAACUUA